GCGCGCGUGCCGGUACCAAGAACGUGCUUGAUAGUCCGCACACAGCACGAGACUUCCUGGCACCAUCAUACCACCAGAUGGCAGGAAAUUCUCGACAGAUAAAGUGAAGCAGUGAAGAAUUCCUGUACUAAUCUCUUUUUUUCACUCAGCGUUCAAUCUUCCACAACUGCUCCAAUCGCUUUGCUACAGCAAACUUAUAUGACACAAACACUUCCCACUUAUUUUGCCAACAACAAAUACUAUAUUGGGUUAAUUAGUUUGAAUUUCUAUACAUCCUGUUUCUAGGCUCUGUUCUGUCAACAGGCAUCUCACAUCCAGGCGACACUUGGAGCAUGGCGCUGAAGGGUGGCGGUGUGUACCCCGGGGUACGGCGCUGGCUCUGGCUGGGGCUGAUGGUCACUUCUGCUUCUUCUGCGGCCACUGGUUCGAAAUGUACAUGUCCAGAUCGUGACUAUGAGAAAAAGGAUUUUCUACCCAGUCUUCCCAAUACACAAAAUGUAGCUCUAGGCAAGCCGGCAAAGGCGAGUUCCUUGCUGAACAGCACACGGCACAAGGCGGUCUCUGGUCCCGCUUGUCUGGCUGUGGAUGGUAACAGAAACACCGUCUUUACACCUUGCAACAGGUACCCUAACGGUCCUAACUGUAUACACACGGCAGAAGACGACCGUGAACCGUACUGGGAGGUCGACCUGGGUGAGGUGUAUAGUAUAGCCAACAUCACCGUCUACUGGAGAAAAAUAGGGAAGAAUGUUGGCGUCAAUGUAACCGUCGAUGGAAAACUGUGUCACACCUUCAAAGACCCAGUUCUCAAUCCGUCAACAAUAACCUGCAAUAAGCCCCUUGCUGGAAGGACCGUUAAGUUGUCAAAAUCUGACAACAUCUCCAAAGAUGAUUACUAUCUCAUUGUGUGCGAAGUUGAAGUGUGGGCCAGAACAACUUUUUCACCUUCAACCUUUGACGCCACAAGUUCGGCACCUUUGACAUUUGAGGUCACAAGUUUGGCACCUCAGACAUCUGUCGUCACAAGAAUGGCUGUUAUAAUGGCAGGAACGUUCUUGUGCGGCUGUGUUGUGACUGGACUCUGUGCUGCGCUUGUUUGGUGGUUGAGGCGGGUUAAAGGUCGGCAGCGUGAACGUAACGCAAGUUCACAAGGCGGUGACGUCAUCAUGACAGAGACCAAUGAACCAUUCCAGGCUUUACCUGACGCUGCUGACAGUUCAGGCUUGACUGAGGGUGCAGCAGGGUAUGGAGGAGGCCCUGAUUAUGAUGACGAGUCUCCAGAAUACAUUAACACCAGCAUGGAUCAGAGCCUGGAGGACCUCGCCUUUAAACAGAAAGGAAAUGUUUACAAACCUUUUCCCACGCUGUGGUCUCAACACAAGGUCGCCACCGACCCCGACUCGAGCUCGUCUGACAAUGAAGAGUACGUAGAGGUGAUAUAAACAUAGGGUUUACAUCACAUCACUACCCUGGAUUGUGAGUCGGCUGAUUGACUAGACAACGGGGUGUCUAAGGAGAAAACCCCAAACUGACCGACCUGCAAACAAUCGUCACAUUCGUUGAGAUUUAUGUACAUUUCAGAAGCAAAUUAAAGCAUGGAUAGUAGAGCCUCAAUGAAAUGGUUAUAACUUUUACAAUCAACUGCUAUAUAUUCUGUAAUAUGCUCUGUAACAUGUUUUUUUCAAGUCUUGUAAGAUAUCCUCUAAACGUGUAACAUAUCCUGUAACAUGCCUGGCACAUGCUAACCUGCUUUCCUUUGAAUCGCACUUUCUGUGCUUUAUGAAAUAUUUUCUACUUGAUAUGGCUUUCAUGUACCCACUGCAAAGCAACGAGACAUUUUAACUUUGUCUUCAAGUGACAGGUAAUAUCUUUAAUGUUCAACCCCAGUGGCAGACAUUGUGGGUGAACCCUUACCUUCAGAUCCUUGUUGUGUAAACAUCCCCACGACACACAAGUCAGGAUAGUGCACGGAUGUGUUUACUUUGUCAAGGCCUCGGCCAACAGGAUGGAUGAGACCAUAAUUAUGUUAAUUAGUCUAUCUUGACGAUAAGAUUUGACAUUCCAGUGCAUGGCGAUGUAAGUAGGCGUAUGUAUAUUGUGAUAAUAGAAGAAGUAUAGCUCAUACAAUUACAGUACCUACUAUUCUAUAACGAUAAAAGUCAUAGCAACGUAUCUUCUAAUCCUUGUAAUUAUUGUAAUAUGUGUAAAUAUUGUGCAGUUAUUGUAAUUUCUAAAUGCACAGAUUGCUAUGCGAAUAUUCUUCUGGGGGACACGUGUCACUGUUGUAAAACGACUAGAACAUGUCUUGAAAUUAUUAAAAGUGUUUGAAUUGAAGUAAUUUUCCAAAUAACAUUUUAGUCGCCUGUUUGUGUACUUACCAGGAUUAGUCUGAUCGUUGCUAUAACUACCGGCGAUGUCUACUUAAUCUUAUUGUAUAUCUACUUUAAUCGAAUGCGUCACUUGACUUUUUUAUGGAAACAUUCUAGUUUGUUCUGCUUGGUUGUUACUGGUCUAUGUUUUCACUAUACAAGUGGUAUCAUUAUUUUAAAAAGUAAUAGCUUGUACAGAUUGAGUCAUU